AUGUACCGCAAGCCAGCAAGGAGAUGGUGCGGAACUGCUAGUAACAUCUCACAGUUCCGCACCAUCUCCUUGCUCAGCGUGGAUGGCAUUAUCUUUUUCAAGAUUCUUGCUAACCGGCUAACUGAGUACCUCCUGAGGAAUUCCUAUAUUGACACAUCAGUGCAGAAGAGAGGAGUCCCAGGCAUGCCAGGCUGUUUAGAACACACAGGAGUGGUCACGCAGUUGAUACGGGAGGCAAGGGGAAACCGAGGGGACCUGGCAGUCAUUUAGCUUGACCUUGCCAAUGCCUAUGGAUCCAUUCCUCACAAGCUUGUGUCAACAGCUUUGACAACAUACCACGUACCAGAGAAGAUCAAUGAACUCAUUUGGGACUAUUACAGCGGUUUUAGUCUGAGAUUUACCUCUGGGACAAUAACAUCAGCAUGGCAUCGAUUAGAGAAGGGCAUCAUCACUGGUUGCACCAUAUUAGUGGUGUUGUUUGCCCUAGCGAUGAACAUGAUGGUCAAAGCAGCAGAAGUGGAAUGUAGGUUCCCCCUGUCCAGAUCGGCCAUUCGCCAACCUCCGAUUCGAACCUUCAUGGACGACCUGACAGUCACAGCAACAACAGUGACAGGAUGCCGCUGGCUUCUGUGGGGACUAGAAAGGAUCAUCACAUUGGCGAGAAUGAUGUUCAAGCCAGCCAAAUCCAGGUCUCUGGUCCUGAGGAAAGGAGUCCUCAUUCCAUCAGUGUCGGAGAAGCCUGUCAAAAGCCUGGGAAAGACCUUCGACAGCACUCUGAGGGACAAGACAGCAGUCCAGUCAACACAAGCGGAGAUGAAAAACUGACUAUCAGCAGUGGAUAAGUCAGGUCUCCCAGGAAAGUUCAAGGCAUGGAUAUAUCAACAUGGUAUCCUGCCGAGACUCCUGUGGCCACUGUUGAUAUACGAAGUCCCAAUAACCAUCGUGGAGGGCCUCGUGCGCAACAUUAGCCAGUACUUGCGCAGGUGGCUGGGCCUGCCAAAGAGCCUAAGCAGCAUUGCCCUGUAUGGGCACACCAACAAGCUGCAGCUUCCUUUUACUAGUCUGACAGAGGAGUUCAAAGUCACCAGAGCCAGGGAGGUGCUGCUCUACAGAGACUCAGCUGACAAUAGGGUCUCCUCCGCAGGCAUCACCGUUAGAACCAGAAGGCAGUGGAAGGCCCAUCCAACCUGCAGUGCUGGGGGCUAG